AUGAGCUGCACAUUAACAUCAGUCUUUGCUUCAUUACCACGUACAACUCGUGGUCAACCAAUUGUAUUAGGUGCUGAUCCAAAAGGAAAAACGUUUUUAUAUACAAAUGGCAAUAGUGUUUUCAUUCGUAAUAUCGAAGAUCCAUCACAAUGCGAAGUCUAUACAGAACAUUCAACAGCUGUUCAAUGUGCUAAAUAUUCACCUAGUGGAUCGUAUAUUGCUUCAGCUGAUGGUCAUGGUAAAGUUCGUAUAUGGGGUGCUGAUAAUAAAGAACAUAUAUUAAAAAAUGAGUUUCAACCAUUUUCUGGCUGUAUAAAAGAUUUAGCUUGGACAAGUGAUAAUCAACGUAUUAUAGUUGGUGGUGAAGGAAAAGAAAAAUUUGGUCAUGUAUUUUCUGCUGAUGCUGGUAAUUCUGUUGGUGAAAUAUCUGGAAUGACAAAAGCAAUAAAUUCAGUUGAUUUUAAACCAACUCGUCCAUUUCGUGCUAUAACUGGUAGUGAAGAUAAUGCUGUAUCAUUUUUUGAAGGACCACCAUUUAAAUGGAAAACAACAAUGUCUAACCAUGAAAAAUUUGUUCAUGUUGUUCGUUAUUCGCCUGAUGGAGAAAAAUUCGCAUCAGGUGCUGCCGAUGGACGUGUAAUUUUAUAUGAUGGAAAAACAGGUGAACGUUUAUCAGAAUUAGGUUCACCUACGGCUCAUAAUGGUUCAAUUUAUGGUUUAUGUUGGGAUUCAACAAGUCGUUUUAUUUUAACUGCAUCAGGUGAUAAAACAGCAAAAAUUUGGGAUAUUACAACUGGUUCAGCUGUUCAAACGUAUGCAUUUGGUACAGAUUUAAAAGAUCAACAAGUUGGUUGUCUAUGGUCUGGAAAUAAUAUUCUUUCAGUUUCACUUUCGGGUCAAAUAACAUAUCUUGAUCGAGAUGGACAUAAACCAUCUCGUACUAUUCGAGGUCAUAAUAAAAGUAUAACUGCUUUAAGUACAGCUCAUAAUGAAAGUCAAGGUACAAAAAUUUUUAGUGCUAGCCAUGAUGGACUUGUCGUUCGUUGGACUAUCGAUGGAAGAGAAAUGAAUAAUAUUAUUGGUGAUUGUCAUACAAAUCAAGUACAAUCAUUAGCAAGUAAUUCUCGUGGUUUAGUAGCUUCAAUUGGUCUUGAUGAUACACUUCGUUUAUUAAAUUCAUCAUGGGAAUCAUAUGAUCGAAUGGAAAAAUUAUCUGGUCAACCACGUGAUAUAGCUAUUAGUGAUUCAAAUAUUAUUUUUAUUGUAUGUGGUUCAGCCAUAUGUAUGUAUCGAGAACAACAAGGUGUUCUUAUAACACAUCCAUUACCAUUUGAACCAACAUCAAUUGCCGUUUCGCCACAAGGUACACAAAUCGCUGUUGGUGGAAAAGAUAAUAAAACUCAUAUAUUUACUGUCGAUGGUACAGCAUUAAAUGCUCUUCGUGAAUUAGAACAACGUGAUGUUGUUGUUCGUGUUGCUUAUUCACCUGAUGGACGAUUUUUUGCUAGUGCUGAUAAUAUGAAAAAUAUAACAUGUUAUCAAUUACCAAAUUUUGAGUCGAUGAGUCGUGAUAUGUGGCGUUAUCAUGCAGCAACAAUAACUGGUCUUGCAUUUAGUCCUGAUGGAAAAAAAUUAGCAUCAGUUGCUAUUGAUACACAUUUAAUGAUUUAUCAAACUGAAAAUAUUACAAAAGUGACACAAGUUAAAGGUGCUCAUCCACUUAAUCCGGUUACAUGUUUAGCUUGGCUAGAUAAUGAUACAUUACUAACCGGUGGUAAUGAUUGUUGUCUACGCAAAUGGACUGUAAAAUGUUAG